AACGGCUCCGCCAGCGCAUUCUUCACCAAACCGGAAUAACACAGAGCUGACAGUUCGAAUCACAACCACAGAUACAGCGACAGACAGGGGGGUUGUAGCUGAACCACUCCUCAGUUCAGUCCCGAGCAACUCGACGUCUCUCCUUCUCAUCACGGGCGGAACCGUGUCUUAUACGCGGACUAAAAGGAGACUUUCCACUUCUGAAAGGGACGGAAGGGCAGAGAACCAGGCAUCCGGUUAGACGCACUGCCUCACCGGGCUGGAGUCCAACUUGAGCCGGACACUUUCAGCUGUCUUCGUCGAGAUGCACGCUGGACUUCUUUUUAACAACAUUUACCAUUCUUUUUUUAGAUUAUGUGUUAUUUAGGAAUAGUUUAGGCUCGAGCAAGGUUGUUUUUUGUUCGUAGUUGUCUAAAUAUAAGAAAGCUGGAGCAAUAAUUCAAGCUCAGAUGUGAUUUAUCUACUCAGCUGGCUGGGCAGAUAGUUUAGGUUGUUGAUUGGUUAAAUCGCCUAAAUUGAUUGGUUACAUAAUUCUUUUGUUUUGUUACCUGUAUAGUUACAUAUUUGAGUUAAUCCACCUUUCUUACCGCCUCUUUGCCAAGUCACUUAUAGGGUUCGGUUUGUAUGUCUAUGCAUAUAUCUCGCAAGAAAACCUGUUAGAUUUAUUGACUGGUUAAGUCUUGGUACAAGUGUAAUAGCAGGUUUAUAAAGGCAAGAAAAUCCACAGAACAGUUUUGCUUAUCUGAUCUCAAUCUAGUCUGCUGGUGCGUCUUAUAUCCAGUUUGUUUUCUUUUUAAAAGGUCUUUAUUGGUGAGGCUCAAGCUGGCUGACAGGUGAUAUUUUCUGCCUGAAUCCUCUGAGCUGGCCUGACCGAUAGCUAUGACAUUUUCCAACAGUUGUUUUGUAUCUUCAGACUUCAAUACCAGUAUCUGUUCUUGGUGCCAAUGUUGUAUGAGUAAUAUUAGCUAACAAAAGUUCAGAUCGCCCCUCCAAUUUAGUUACGGCAUAUCUAGUUGUGACAUUUUUACUAGUUAAGUCAACUUUUCCUUCCCUUUUUUUACUACAAGUGUAUCAAUUAGAGACAGUUGACUUGGUGGCGAAUUCAAAAAGCAUCUAACUCAACUGUUUGCAUCAAGUCAGUGUAUUUUUGUAAAAUUAUCAACUCCUAUACUAGAUUGUUGUGAGAGUACACACGUCUACAGUGAGACCAGGUCAAGUUUAGUGUUGAUUUUUCGUAUCAGAGCUGAAUAAAAAUGUCAGGACAGUCCAUCACGGAUCGCAUCGCUGCGGCCCAGCACAGCAUGACUGGAUCAGCCAUCACCAAAGCUCUCUGCAAGGCCACUACGCAUGAAGUCAGUGGACCAAAAAAGAAACACCUCGAUUACUUGAUCCACUGCACCAAUGAGAUGAAUGUGAACGUUCCCCAGCUGGCUGACACAUUGUUUGAGAGAACCACCAACAGCAGCUGGGUUGUGGUCUUCAAGGCGCUCAUCACCACACACCACCUAAUGAUGUAUGGAAAUGAGCGUUUCAUCCAGUAUCUGGCCUCAAGAAACACGCUCUUCAAUCUGAACAAUUUCCUUGACAAAGGUGCAUUGCAAGGUUAUGACAUGUCCACAUUCAUCAGGCGGUACAGCAGAUAUCUCAACGAGAAAGCUCUUUCCUAUAGGCUGGUGGCUGUGGACUUCACCAAGAUGAAAAGAGGUAUUGAUGGAGUCAUGCGCACCAUGAACACAGAGAAGCUGAUCAAAACGUUGCCUAUCAUUCAAAACCAGCUGGACGCACUGCUGGAUUUCCAGGCUAACCCUAAUGAGCUGACUAACGGAGUGAUCAACGCUGCCUUCAUGCUGCUUUUCAAAGACUCCAUCCGUCUGUUUGCUGCUUAUAAUGAGGGUGUCAUCAACCUGUUGGAGAAAUACUUUGAUAUGAAGAAAAACCAGUGUAAAGAUGCUUUGGACAUCUAUAAAAAGUUUCUGUACAGGAUGACCAAGCUGUCAGAGUUCCUUAAAGUGGCUGAGCAAGUUGGGAUUGAUCAGGGUGACAUCCCAGAUCUCACUCAGGCUCCCAGCAGUCUCCUGGAGGCUCUUGAGCAGCACCUGGCCUCUCUGGAGGGAAAGAAAACCAAGGAGCUCUCCGCUGACAACAGAGCCAACACUCUGUCCAAUGCAGUGUCGACCCUGUCCAACACCGGGAUGUCCUUCUCCUUCUCAUCCAGCAGGAUGGACGAGAAGGAGAAGCAGCAAGCCCUGGAGGAGGAGCAAGCCCGUCUGCAAGCACUCAAGAACCAGCGUCUGAAGGAGAUUGGCAUACACACCCCCUCCGCCUCCCCCAGCACACAGUCUAUGGGCAGUGUCAACAACCAUAAUGCGGGCAUGGACCUUUUCACCAACACCACAAGCCCACCCUCAACCAACAGCAUGCCAAACCUCACCAGUGACUUGUUUGACCUCCAGCCUGCCUUCGUUCCUGCAGUGCAGAGCGCUCCUAUCUCCAACAGCAGCAGUGCCUGGGGAGGUCUAGAGAGCAGCACUCUUCAUCCCAUGGCUUCCAUUCCCACCAUGAAUGUAGAUUUUGAUGCUGUAUUUGGGACUAAAGCUUCCAAUAAUGAUGUGAAGCCAUCAGCUGGUUAUGAUGGGUUAGGUGACUUGUUGAAGCCCACAGUGACGGUUCACAGUCAGGUACCGGUCAUGUCCCAUCAUACAGACAGUAAACUGCUGGCCAAUGACCUGGACUCGUCUCUGGCUCACCUCGUUGGCAACUUGCAGUUUGGGGGAACACUAGUCAAAAAAUCUGAUAUGCAUUGGACUCAGCCUGGAGAGAAGAAGUUGACUGGUGGUACUAACUGGCAGUCAAAGACAAUGAGCAGCACCACUGCCUGGAGCCCCGCCCCGCUGCCACCCGCUGCCAUGCCACCUGCCGCCAUGCCCAUGCCACACAUGACUGGAAUGUUCUAUACUAGUUAUGCUCCUGCUCCCAUGGCGUUUCCCAUGACAACACCUCAAGUGCCUGUGUAUGGAAUGGUCCCUCCUCAGCUGGGACAGAUGGGAGGGGUUCCAGUGAUGACCCAACAACCCAUGUUGUACAGCCAGCCUGUUCUCAGACCCACUAACCCUUUCACCCCCAUCCCCGGAGCCCAGAUGCAGUUCAUGUAAGCAGCACUUAAGCAGAGCGCCAAACAAGACGGCUGAAAGGAACACCAAGCAAGUGAGAGGAGGAUCCGAAUACCACCGGAUAAAAGGAGAGCGAGACAAAAAGAAAUAGUGCGCAUAUAGAGAGAAAUGUGUUUGUGUCAAGAAUGCUUACCUCACUGUCUGAAACGACUCACCCAACACACACUCACACACCCCAAAUGAGAGUGCACACAAUGUUUCAUUUCUCAUCUCUUGAGGUUUAUUUCUUUCCUGGGGCACUGUGUCUACUGGCAGGUGUGAUACAUCAUGGAAAUCGUGGACUUUAUUGCCGGUAUUAAAUUACAAUGCACCAAGCACUCUUCUCCCCCCCCCACAAUUAAUAUUAAUUAAAUCUGAAGCCCAUUACAGUAACCGUGGACUUUAUGGUACUGUCAUCUUUUGCUGUGUUAUGAAGAUGCCUGUGCUGAGUUCAGGAAAAUGGCGAAUGUCGCCAAAGAAAAUGCAGGUUGCUAGCUCAUAAACGUUUGAAUGGCUCAUUUACACAAUGCCCUGGCUUCUCACUUCAGAACAGAGAAGGAAAGAAUUUGACCCAUUAUUUAAGGUGCUCUGUCUGCACCCCCAAGCACUUUACACAUGCAUGUAUGUGUAACAUAAUAUACAACAUUGAGAGUGCCUCUUAUAUCUAGAACUUUUGUUGUCUAAUGUUAACAAUUAACACGUCUUACUGUUACUGAUGGGUUCUGUGCAAAACAGCCUGUCAGUACUUCUUUGUUUAUACUGGUUUUACGGGUUGUCGUUUCAGACACGAUGGUGGUCUUGCACGCACGCACAUUAACUGUUGUUACAAGAGCCCCCUCUUAUUGGCCUCCCACCUUGUUUUGUCACUUCCAGGACACUGAUAAACAUAUCUGCUCCUGCUCUUCUGUGUGUUAUCCAAACAUGCAUGUAUUUACGACUACAUCUCACACUAUGAGACCACUCCCACAUGUACCGCCCACCCUGGGAGCAGGUGACCGGAAGCAUAGGAGAAAAAUCUGUUUCUUAUAAGGUUUUUUUUUUUUUUUUAAAUCUUUUUAUUUCAUAGAAAGCAUGUUAUCUAUAUUUCUUUCUUUUUUCAUUAUUAUUUCAGAGAAAGACAUGAAUCUUGUUUGUUUUAUGUUGCCAAAUUAUGUACAUUUGUAAUUCGAAAAAUGCCGUAAGCUAGCUCCUGUACCCAGCGCCUGACAUCACGAUUCUGUCUGGUGUUUGCCAACUGUGGAACCAAAGUCAAUAGCUAAAAUCUACUUUUAGUCUCUUUCCGUACAGUUCCUCAAAUUCGGGGCACUGUUAACAGGGUAUCUUCAUUUUUGCUUUUGCAGCCAAAGCAUUUUCUAUCCUCCUGUGAUCCCUUUAACCCUUUAUAGUGCAGGUUUCCACUCCAGCCUUUUACAUCAUCCCAUAAUUCCUGCUUUGUUUCUUCAUGCUAUGUUUAGUUUUUAUUCAGCAUGGAUUGAUGGAAUGGCAGUGGAGAUACAGUGUGGUUGCGGGUUGUGCCAUAGUAAAUGAAAGCAAUAAGCCCUGUGAAGCCGUGAUUUACAGUGAUUUUAGAAUCUCCAAUCUGGGUUAUGUUUAACAAUGCCGCUUAGCUUUUCUAAAAUCACUGUCAACCAUGGAUUCACAUGGUUUUUAUAAAACCGCUAUAAAACAGGAUUUAAAUUUAUUAAUUUAUCAAAUAAUCCUUCUGCCAAGCAAUGAGCAAUGUAGUUCUUGGUUCCACCUGUGAUUAGCCU